AUGGAAGAUAAUUAUAAUACUAACACUAGUUCAUAACCAAAUGAAAAUCCAUAUCCUAAAUUUGAACCUGAAAACCAAAACGAAUAACCUUAGUUGGAACAACCCCCAUAAUAUGCUUAAACAGAUGAUCUCAAUCAACCAUUGAUAAUGGGUGAAGAUUAACAUGAUAGUGGUGAAUACAUAGAUUAAUUUUUAUUGUACACAAAAUAUAUCAACAUUGGUGCUGGAACUUAUGUUGCAAUUGGGGGGUUAUACUUUUUAUUCACUUUGAAAAUAUGGAAUUCCUCCAACUUUUUGAUGUCAUUUUACACAAUGUUUCUUCCAUUAUUUUAUGUGUUCUUUGGAGUAUUGCUAAUAUUGUCUGAGUAUUACAAACUAGAAGUGAAUAUCUAUUUUAGAUUUUUGAGAUCUUAUUUGGGAAGAGGAAUAUACAAUAUUUUCUUAGGUACUUAAUGUGUUAAUCUUUGGGCUAGGUCAAGUGAUUUUUUCAGCUGGAUACUCUUCACUCUUGGUCUAAUCUAUCUAUUUUUACAUAUAAUUAGAUCUAAAAUUGAUUCAGAUGUAAAAUCAAAGCUAUUAGAUUGAUUUAAUAUAAAUCAUUUAACAUUUUACAAUAAGAAUUAUAAUAAAAA